AUGGAUGACUCUGGGUUUACUUCUUAUUAUGUUUGUAAUCCUACUUCUGGGCAAACCAAAAGAAUUAGUGUUCUUGACCAUUCUGACAACAGGAGAGUAAUGUCCGUUGAUGUGGCUUUUGAUCCUUUGAAAUCAGUUUUCUACAAUCUGAUUCUUGUUACUGAAUUAUCUCGGUCAGAAUCCCAGCAACUGAUCAAGAUUGGGACCUACUCCUCCAAGACUCAGUCUUGGAGCUAUGGGCUACAUAAUUUGGCUUAUGAGGUAGGCUUUGGACAUGGGGUUCAUUGCAAUGGUGCUAUUUAUUGGCGCCAUGUAAGAAACAACUCUCUGUCCUACUUUGAUUUAGAGGCAAAUUGCAUUCAAAACUUGAGAAUUCCCCAAAUGACAUCAGAACCCUUCCGGACGAACAUUGGUUACCUUGGGGAGUCGGGCGGGCGCUUGCAUCUUGUCAGGACCUGCAGACCGAGCAGCAUCCGCUUCACCGUCUUUGAAAUGAAGGACGAUAGGUCGGGGUGGUUGGUGAAGUGUCAAAGCGAUUUCGGGGAUUUGGUGGCUUGUUUUCCGAGGAUGGGAAGGGUUGCCCAUGGGCCUUAUCAGUUUAAUUUGAUGAACCUGUUUGAAGGUGAACGAGAAGAGGACUUGAACAUUGUGCUCAAAAUACCAGGUGCUGUGGUCCAGUAUAAUGCCAAGGACAAGACCUCAAGGAAGCUCCGGCGUCUGCCGAGAGGUUGCGUUUACAAUGACAUAAUCGUAACUGGAAAUGACGCAGAAGAGCAACUGAAGUUGCAAAAUUAUUUGUCUCAGGAAUUUGAGAUGAAGGAUUUAGGUGAUCUGAAGUACUUUCUCGGAAUCGAAGUAGUAAGGUCAAAAACUGGUAUAUUUCUGUCUCAAAGGAAGUAUGUAAUGGAUCUACUCACUGAAAUAGGAAUGCUUGGAUGUAAGCCUGCUGACACACCCAUUGAGAUGAAUCACAAGUUAUGUGAAGACAUGGACCAAGAACCAACCAAUAAGGAACAGUACCAACGCCUUGUUGGAAGGUUGAUAUACCCGGCACACACAAGACCAGAUAUUGCAUAUGCUGUGAGUGUGGUUAGUCAGUUUAUGCAUUCGCCCAGUGUUUCUCAUAGGAAUGCAGUUGAUUGGAUCUUAAGAUACUUAAAGUCAGCCCCUUGGAAAGGAUUAAUGUUCUCAAAAAAUAGAGAUCUUGAAGUUGUUGGAUAUACAUAUGCUGAUUGGGCUGGUUCCAUUACAGAUAGACGCUCUACUUCUGGUUAUUUUACAUUCGUGGGAGGUAACCUAGUCACUUGGCGGAGUAAAAAACAAAAUGUGGUUUUUUGGUCCAGUGCAGAAGCAGAGUAUCGAGGAAUGGCUACAGAGUUUGUGAAUUAUUGUGGAUCAAAAGCCUCUUGA